UAUAGUUUGUCAAAGUUCAAGGUUAUACCGCUGUAAACAAAUAGACGAUUAUACUUUAUACAAAAAAUAGUAAAGCCCCGAAAGAUGAACAUCAUCCAUCAUAUAUGUGCGUUCACCAGACCCAAAAACAACAGAACUACGUUUUUAAAAUAUAUUAUAUAAGUCCUAUUGUUAUGUUUGAGUAAUUUAUUUUUCAAAAACCUUUUAACAUUCGUCUAACUUAAAUAAUGCUUCACUUGGAAGUGUAUCUCUUGAGCCUGUGCCUGUUGUUGUCAUCUAGUAACUUUCUAAGCCCUGAGGCUGAGGCUAUGAAGAUAACGGGGCGAAAUACGGGACAGGAAAGUGAGAAUGAUGACUUGGACACUAAACAUAUAGAUACUAUGUACAACACGAUAGAGAUAUUCGAGGAGUAUACUCAAUUUCUGAGAAAUAAUCAAGAUCUUCCCGAACAUAAUAAUUAUUUAGAUAAGGUGGAAUACAUUCUCACAUCAUUGAAGAAAGGCCUUCUAAGACACACAUUGACAGCAACAUGCCAAACAGAAGGAGACAUUCAGAAAUUUAACAAAGUCAUUCAAGAUGUAAUGGAUAUUCUACCACCUUUGGUUCAGGAAAAAGAACCUGAACUAUCACCAGAGCUAAAAGAAGCUAAAGGCCUGUAUGAUGCGGCAUUGCUGACACUGAAUAGACGGACUCCUGACUUAUACAGAGUUGUGUAUAAGGUCCGGUUACCUAGGGACAUUAUAGAAUAUAUCCUGGCUAAGAUGAAGUUAGCUUGGUCAUAUGUGACCGGAGAAGGCCUGGAAUGGGAACUGGAAAUGAUUUUAGCUGAUCUUCACGGCGCCAUGCACCAAGUGACGCAAGCUGCGAACAUAGGCUACGUUCCUGCUAAAAUCAAAUUGGCCUGGUCCCUGGUGUUUGGGGAAAACGUAGAAAUGGACCUCGAAAAGGCUAAGGAUUUAUUUGAAGAGCUGGCUACAGAUGGAAACGCUGAUGGUCAUGCUGGCAUGGGCUUCCUAUACGCGAUCGUUAUCGCAGUCCCAGUCUCUCAGGCCAAAGCCUUAGUGCAUUACACGAUGGGCGCGAUCGGAGACAGUGACUUCGCACAGAUGGCGCUGGCGUACCGAUAUUGGAGUGGCAACACUGUGCGCAUAUCUUGUCCGAAGGCUAUGGACUUGUACAUGAGGGUGGCUUCCAAAGUUAUCAGUUACGUGGAAGGCGCUGGUCCAGGCAACAUCGACUCCGAGAUUUUAGACUCCGACACUACCAGUACUGUGGACUACUACAGACGGAUAGCUGAAAAAAGAUAUCAAGAGAAACAGGCACAGGGUCGGGGCGUCCCGAAGGAUCCAGAAGCAGCGUUUAAAUAUUUUACAAUGGCAGCCAACCAAGGAUGGGCAGAGGGGCAGUUGCAACUUGGGCUUAUGUACUUCAAUGGUAUCGGCGUCCGCCGAGACUUCGAGCAGGCCCACAAGUACUUCUCCCUGGCGUCGCAAACGGGACACGUACUGGCACUAUACCAUCUUGGACUGAUGCAUGCUCAGGGGCUUGGGGUGACACACUCCUGUUUGGAUGCUGUUAUGCUAUUCAGGAACGUGUCAGAGCGAGGUCCUUGGGCCACUCGUAUGGUAGAUGCACACGAGAGUGUGUACCCGCGGGGCGUAGACUCCGCCAUACUGCAGCACCUGGCGCUGGCUGAGCGAGGAUACAGCUCCCAACAGAGGAUAGCAGCCGUCUUGCUCGACACGAGUAAUCACCGCUUGUCGAAAGGACCAGAAUUAAAAGCGCUCUACCAACAGCUGCGGACGCGAAGUAAGGUGCCACGCCAGGAACAGUCCGUCCACCCAUAUAACAGUGAAUUGUUAGGACCUGAGGCCCGUAAAAAAAGCGAGAAAAAUGAAGAGGAAGAUGAGGGAAGUGAGAGUUCAGAUACAAAAUUCAAUUCGGUUGAUGCAGACUACUUCAAACAGCUGAAAGAUGCUAUGAAGAAGGAAGAGAUAGUGCUGCAGGAGUACGCUGAUGCUAUAAGGAAUUCCAGAGAUAUUCCUAAAGAUGAAGAGCAUAAAGAAACUCAUUUAGAUCAAAUGGAGUAUACUCUGAAACUGUUGAAAAAGAGUCUUCUAAGGCACACGGAGUCUGCCUGGAUAACUGAUCCAAAGUCCACAGAGACUUUAGAGGGUGAUAUUGAGAAAUUGGAGGAGAAUCCUCAAGAUAUUCUGGACACACUACCUCCAUUACCUGAGGAAGUAGAACCUGAACUGUCACCAGAGUUAAAAGAAGCCAAAGAGUUGUAUGACGCGGCAAUGGUGAAACUAAACAGACGGUCUCCGGACCUUCGCGGAGCCAUACUCCAAGUAAAGCAAGCGGCAGAUAUGGGCUACGUUCCUGCCAAAAUUAAGCUGGCCUGGUCAUACCUGUUCGGAGAAGGCGUGGAACUGGACCUGGAGAAGGCUAAGAAGAUAUUCGAGGAGUUGGCUGUAGAAGGAAAUGCUGAUGCUCAUGCUGGCAUGGGCUUCCUAUACGCCACCGGUAUCGCAGUCCCGGUGUCCCAGGCUAAAGCCUUAGUGCAUUACACGAUGGGCGCGCUCGGGGACAGUGACUUCGCACAGAUGGCGCUGGCGUACCGAUACUGGAGUGGCAACACUGUGCCCAGCUCCUGUCCCAAGGCUAUGGACUUGUAUAUGAAGGUGGCUUCUAAAGUUGCGAGUCAGGUGACGUUCAGUGGUGGGCCCGCCAUACAGCGAACGCGGCUUAUCGACGAGGCGGAGGGCGGAGGCCCGGGGACUCUCGACACUGACCUUAUUGAGUACUACCAGCUUUUGGCCGAGAAGGGAGAUGUGCAGGCACAGGUCGGUUUGGGUCAGCUCCACUUCCAAGGCGGACGCGGCGUGACUCUAGACAUCAACAAGGCUCUCCACUACUUCCAACAAGCUGCUAAAACUGGGAACGCUGUCGCUAAUGCUUUCCUAGGAAAGAUAUACUUGGAAGGCGGUGACGGCAUCAAGGCGGAUAACGAUACUGCACUCCGGUACUUCAGGAAAGCCGCGGAACUCAACAAUCCCGUCGGACAGAGUGGAUUAGGUAUCAUGUACUUACAGGGUCGUGGUGUCCCUAAAGACACGAAUGCAGCGUUUAAGUACUUCACGAUGGCCGCCAACCAGGGCUGGGUAGAGGGACAACUGCAUCUUGGCUUUAUGUAUUUCGGUGGUAUCGGCGUCCGCCGCGACUUCAAGCAGGCCAACAAGUACUUCUCCCUGGCGUCGCAGACGGGGCACGUCCUGGCGCUAUACCAUCUAGGACAGAUGCACGCACAGGGACUCGGGGUGCUUCGGUCCUGUACUACUGCUGUCGAGCUAUUCAAGAAUGUAUGCGAGCGCGGUCCAUGGGGCGCUCGCCUGAUGCUGGCCCACGCGGGCUGGCGGGCGCGGGACUCCGACUCCGCGCUGCUGCAGUACCUGGUACUGGCUGAACGAGGCCUCGAGAUCGCACAGACCAAUGCAGCAUUCUUACUUGAUAAUGGUGAGGUCCGUCUGUUCAGUGAGUCGGAGCGCUGGGCGCGCGCCCUGCAGCUGUGGGGGCGGGGCGCGGCGCAGGGCUCCGGCGCGGCGCGCGUCAAGCUCGGGGACUACCACUACUACGGGCUCGGCACGCCGCAGGACUUGGAGGCCGCCGCAUACCAUUACAGGAUAGCGUCGGAGCAGCUGCACAACGCGCAAGCGACGUUCAACCUGGGCUACAUGCACGAGCGCGGGCUGGGCCUGGCGCAGGACGCGCACCUGGCCAAGCGCUGCUACGACCUGGCGGCCGACGCCUCGCCCGACGCCAGGCUGCCCGCCGCCCUCGCCCUCGCCCGCCUCAACGCCGCCACCGCGCUCACGCAGAUACUCGACAGUCCGUUGGCAGUCAUAUUCUUGACGGAUUCGGCGCUGCUGUCGAAUUGGGACCUGUACCUCAUCACGGCACUCCUCGGGGCUCUGGGCGUGGUGGUAUACCUGCGAAGACCUACCCAACAACCCGCCAACUAG